AUCUCCUUGCAUACAUCCCCCAGCACUGUACUUGCCUUACUCUUCUAGAGCAUACCUGGAUCGGAGAACAGUUUUUUCACCAAGAGUACCUGUCUCAGGCUAAGUGCUAGGCACCAUCCAUUUCACAGAACACAAACACACACCUUCCUUUUUACUUGGAGGGAUACUACCAUGCGGACUGAGACGCCCAUGCCGGCCCUCUCAGGCCACGGCCGGACAGUCUGCGUCACCGGCGCUGGAGGAUUUAUCGCCUCCUGGCUCGUCAAGCGCCUUCUGGAGAAGGGCUACACUGUCCGCGGCACGGUCAGGAACCCUGUUGAUCCGAAGAACGACCACCUGAGGGCACUUGAGGGUGCCGCGGACCGCCUUACUCUCCUCCGUGCCGACUUGCUGGAUCCUGACAGCCUUCUCGAGGCCUUCUCCGGCUGCGAUGGGGUCUUCCAUGCUGCCUCCCCGGUCACCGAUGACCCUGAGAAGAUGAUCGAGCCCGCGAUCCGCGGCACAAGGUACGUGAUAACGGCGGCGGCGGACACCGGCGUGAAGCGCGUCGUGUUCACGUCCUCCAUCGGCACGGUGUACAUGAACCCCUACCGCGACCCCAACAUGCCCGUCGACGACACAUGCUGGAGCGACUUCGAGUACUGCAAGAGGACCGAGAACUGGUACUGCUACGCAAAGACGGUGGCGGAGCAGGGCGCGUGGGAGCUGGCGCGGAAGCGCGGGCUGGACCUGGUGGUGGUGAACCCGGUGCUGGUGCUGGGUCCGCUGCUGCAGCCGACGGUGAACGCGAGCACGGACCACGUGAUGAAGUACCUGACGGGGUCGGCGAAGACGUACGUGAACGCGGCGCAGGCCUAUGUGCACGUCAAGGACGUCGCCGAGGCGCACGUCAGGGUGUAUGAGGCGGCCGACGCGCACGGCCGCUACAUCUGCGCCGAGAGCACCCUCCACCGCGGCGAGCUCUGCCGCAUCCUCGCCAAGCUCUUCCCGGAGUACCCCAUACCCACCAAGUGCAAGGACGAGGUGAACCCUCCGGUGAUAGGAUACAAGUUCAGCAACCAGCGGCUCAAGGAUCUGGGGAUGGAGUUCGUGCCUGUGCUCCAGUGCCUCUACGAGACGGUGAAGAGCCUCCAAGAGAAAGGGAUGCUGCCCGUGCUCCCGCCAAACGACGAACACCACCACCAAGAACUGAUCACAUCUUGAUGAUCCCAACAUUCACUACUGAUGAUCUACUGCUGCAUGCUACCACACAUAUCAUGAGCUAGCUGAUUAAUAUAAUAUUAGCAACCUUUUUAUUCAUAUAUAUAUAUAUGCAUGUACACGUGGCAACUUUAAUUGGUGCAUGCACGCGUGAGAGCCACCGACCGACCCAAUUGUCAGUGCUGUAUGACGUACACAUGCAUCACACCAGUGUGGAAUAUAUUAUUGUUAUAGAGA